AAAAGAAGAAAGAAAGAAAGAAGGGAAGAAAACUAUAGGAGUGGAGAUAUACUCCUGAGGCGCAGUCCCACUAAAGACCGAGUAUUCAUUGGAAGAUUUAGUAUGCUCCUCUCCCCUGUCACCCAUACACCACAUCAGUGGAGUUCCAGUGUAACAACAGUGCACUAUAACUAAAACAGAUGCAAGACACAGACUCUCUCCAAAGAAUACUUACCAGAGUACAAAGUCUAGAGAAGAGACAACUAGGGCACUAGAGGAAUUUGAAGCCUCCAGCACCCCCUGCUACAGCAAACAUUAAACACAGCCCUCCUCCUAUCCAUAUUACCAUAAAUCCUCAUACAAACCUCCUGUUGCCUUAGUUCCUCUUAACAAACAUGUGUCUGGUGUUCAACAACAAAUGACAAGGCAUGUCAAAAGGCAAGAAAAAAGGCAGCCCGAAGACACACAAAGCAGUCAUCAGAAUGACACUCAGAUAUGAACAGAUGUUGGAAUUAUCAGACGGGCGUAAAAUAGCAAUGAUUAAGAUGUUAAGGGCUCUAGAUGAAAAAAUUGACAAAAUACAGGAAUAGAUGGAUAAUGUGAGCAAAGAGAUGGAAACUCUUAAGAAAAGAUCAAAAGUUAGGGCUAGAAAUAAAAAAAACACUGUAAUAGAAACAAAGAGUGCCUUCAAUGAGCUCAUCAAUAGGCUCAACCCAGCCAAGGAAAGAAUCAGUGCUCUACACAAUUCAGCCCAAUGCGAGUGUUUACUACUAUCUGUUUUGCUUUUACUGAUAUGGGAACAGGAGCUCACAGAUGUCCAACCAAGUGGUUAGGGUCUAAGCACCUGCCACAGACAACACCCCCCAUAACCCCCCAUCUCCCGUGCCAUCUUGUUCAGGGUAGAAUGGGAGCCAGGUAUAUGUAUUGGAGCUAUUUUGUGUACAGAGGAAGAUUUGUUGCUGCUAUUCAUUUCCAAUUCAUUAAAUUAUGAAUUUAUCAAACAGUGAGCAUUUCUCUCAAUAUUAGGCAUCAAGAUCCCUGUAGUCUAACUAAUUCCACAUUAUAGGGAUGAUUUUAUAUUAUUUUAUUUUAUCUUUUCAAGAUUUUAUUUGUCAGUAACCUCUACACCCAACAUGGGGCUCAAAUUCACAACCCUGAGAUCCAAAGUUGCAAGCUCUAGUGACUGAGUCGGCCAGGUGCCCCCAUACGGAUACUUUUUAAAUAAGAAAUUAAAUGUCUCCAAACAUUCAAAGAGUGCUUGAAAUGUUAAUGCCUCUAAGCUUUGGAUAAAAUCACGAAUUUAAUACUUACAUUUUCUUAAAUUCUUUCAAAGUGAGCAACAUUUACACACAAAUAUUCCAAAAUUGUUGUGGUCUCUUGCAUUGUGAUUAUCUGGAGAGCACAUUUCUUUAUCUCAUGUGAAUUUACAUCAAUUCUCACCUAAAUACUUAGACACAAGUGUGAAAUGAAAGCACAUAAACAGGUUUUGGUGGUUAAGAAUCUGCCUUUGGUUUAGCUGCACCUUUACAUCAGCUGCUCCCUUUCUAUUCGUGGGAGUAAUCAGAUAUGAACCGUGUGACCUCACUUGUAGUAUAAUGUGACUCAUUAAUAUUGCUAGAUGUGUCCUAUUUAAAUCUCUAUGACCGUGCUCUCUUGCAUUACGACGAUUUACAAAUAGUGUUAAUUCUAAGGACAGUUGUUGCUGACAUAGAUGCAUAUAUAAGGACGGAGGAAGGGAGGAAGGAAGGCGGCAAGAAUGAACGAACUCUACGGAUUAAUUCCGUAUUUCCUUUUAACAGCUCUACGAUGGGUAACGUCAUUGUACCAUUUAUGUACGAAGAUGAAGGACCCUGACAACAAAACCUAAAACAAACCCUCACACUAGAGCAACAAAGAGGAAAGCUCUCGUUCUCCAGCAGUCGUGGGCGUGUACUGAGACUGCCCUUCCUUUUGUUUUCACGUGUGGCAGAAACUCAGGUUGGUCCCCAGGAGACAGGACCAAGGAAUCAAUAUCCUGAUGUGCCAGCCACACCUAGACGACCCAAAGAUCAGGCAAGUCUGGGAAAGUACAUUUUGCGCGGUCCAGUUUAGCAAGGAAAACAGAUGGUUUAGCAAAGUGUCAGAAAACAAUUCAGACUCCAGAAAAAUUUAGCCUAGGGGCUUGCAAACCUGAUGUUAACCCCUUUACAAAACACGGAGAGGUCAAUCCAGGGCACAGGCCUCCAGAGGUAGAGCCAGGCUCUGUGCCAAAGCACCGUCCCUCCUAUCUCGCCCCUCUCAUCAGGCCCUGUCCUUUUAUUUAUUUAUUUAUUUAUUCAUUAAAAAACUUUUUUUAAUGUUUAUUUAUUUUUGAGAGGGAUAUAUAUAUUUUGAGAAUAUAUAUGUUUAUAUAUUUUGAGAGGGAGAGAAUGAGCACGGGAGGACAGAAAGGGAGAUUCAGAAUCUGAAGCCGACUCCAGGGUCUGAGCUGUCAGCAAGGAGCCGGACGAGGGACCAAACUCACAAACCCCAGUAUCAUGACUUGAGCCUAAGUCGGCUGCUCAACCAACUGAGCCACCCAGGGGCCCCUAUCAGGCUUUGUCUUUUUUUUUUUUUCUUCACGCUUUGUCUUUAAAGCCCGGUGCCGGGGUCGCCUCCUGGGACCUCAGCAAUUUCCGCUUCUGCGCGUCCCGCGUUAAGUCUAGUCCGCCGCGUGGGCGAGUGUCUAGAGCCCAGGACCCCGAGUGAAGGACGCCGAGCCGGACGAUCGCACGCUUCACUCCCUGGGAUCCACGGAAGUUGGGGAGCGCCUGCGGGACUCCAUUUCCCAGCGCGCCGCGCGGGGAUGCCUAGACGUUGCCGCAGAUAUCAAGCAGGGCUCCGCCCACGCGGGACGGGAACUGCGCUUCCCAGAAGCCGCCGCGCGUGCGUCCGCAGCGUGCACUGGGCCUAUGAGGACUUUCGGGGGCUGGACUUCCGGCGUCCCGGACUGUCACUUUGCUACCGGGCGUUGGGCCACACCGGUAUUGGUGAACUGGAGCGCCGCGAGCCCCCAGGCCGGUUUCUUAGAAGGUUUGGAGACCCGAGGCGAGGGCUGGGAGGAAGACGCGAGCGGUGGGCCGCCUCGCGCACGCCCUGAUUGCGGGCGACGGUCGCGCCCCGAGCCUAGGCUUCUCCGUGAGGAGCCUGGGCCGCUCCGCGGGGCUGUGGGGCGGCGCCCCGAGUCACGUGCUGUCCGACCCCGGGGCUGCGGGGGAGGCGGCGUCCUGAGGGACCCUGCCUUAGACGGCCCGGGAGGUUGAAACCAGGAGCCGGCGAGUCCGUGUUGUCCGUCCGUCUCUUUCUGCGAGUCCCCAAGUACAGGUUCUGAUGGCGACCGCGGCGCUGACACACCGGGCCCAGGCCCCGGCGUUCAGGCCAGUGGAGCGUGCACGUGUGAGAUCCCCACUUCUGGCAGCCAAGGGAGUGAGGUGUAGAAGGAAGUUCCAAGCAGAGGGUCCCGCACGUGCAAAAGCUGGGAGGGGAGACUGAGCCUAGGUGCUUCCGGAGCUGAGCUUCCUGACGUGAGCACGGGAGAGAAAUGGCAGGCUUGAGUUGCAUCGGGGGCCAUGGGAUGAUUCUAACAGAGCCUGGAUAUGCUUUAAGUUAGAGAUUUUAAAGUAACCCACCGUUUGCUUGGCGGAGAAAUGACGCAGAGGGGGUGGCUGUGCGCAGGGAGCAGGCAGCACGACAGUCCAGGUGGACAAAGACGGCACCCGCUGCACACGGGGCCAGUGGAGAUGGGAAAGUGGCUGGAUUCUGGAACGAUCUGAUGUCUCAGGGCCUGAUGGCCUUUGAGGAUGUGGCCGUGUACUUCUCCCAGGAGGAGUGGGAGCUCCUGGACACAGCCCACGUGAUGUUAGAGAACUGCCACGUGAUGUUAGAGAACUUCGCGCUUGUGUCCUCGCUGGGACUCUCUGCCUCACGACCCCGGGUGGUCCUGCAGCUGGAGCGUGGCGAGGAGCCCUGGGUUCUCAGUGGGACAGUUGUGACACCAGCCAGGAAUGCUCAGAGAAAGCCCAGCCCUGGUCCCUGUCAUCUGGCAUAUGACAAGGUUGUUCCUGAAGCAGCUUUGCCAGUGACCUUCCAGAAUGGCACCCUUCCAGCAACUACCUUCACAGGCACCUGCGAACGUGGGAAAAGCUCAGUGGGUUGGCAGGGCACCUCCCUCUCUCGGGAGAAAAAGUCCACAGGCGUGUCGGUAAUCUAUUGGGAAAGGCUCCUGCUGGGUCCUGGCAGCGGGGAAGCCAAUGUCAGUCUGCGGUUAACCUCUCCACUGAGGACUCCUGAGGAUAGCCCGCCUAGGGAGAAAGCCCUCAUGAACCGCCCCAUGCCAGACAAGCAGCCGAGGUCAUGUGGGGGCCAGAAGCCAUUUGGGCAGGAUGGCCCUGGAAGAGGCUGCCCCAAAAUUCCAGAAUUUGAGACUGGUCUCACCUCUGGGGAAAGAGAAAAGGGUGGAACUAGCCUCAAGCCUCAUGGACUCCCUGCUAGCCAAGAACCCCCUACCUGGGAUCAGCUGGGCAAGGCCCUCCACACAGGCCCCAGCUUCCUCUCCGGGGAGAAGCCCUUCAAAUGCAGAGCGUGCACCAAAGUGUUUCUGAAGAGCUCUGACCUGCUCAAGCACCUGCGCACCCACACUGGAGAGCGGCCAUACGAAUGCUCUCAGUGUGGCAAGGCCUUCAGCCAGACAUCACACCUGACGCAGCACCAGCGCAUCCACAGCGGUGAGACACCCUAUGCGUGUCCGGCCUGUGGCAAGGCCUUCAGGCAUAGCUCCUCGCUGGUGCGGCACCAGCGCAUACACACCGCUGAGAAGUCCUUCCGCUGCAGCGAGUGCGGCAAGGCCUUCAGCCACGGCUCCAACCUCAGCCAGCACUGCAAGAUCCACGCAGGCGGGCGGCCCUACGCAUGUGCUCAGUGUGGCCGCCGUUUCUGCCGCAACUCGCACCUGAUCCAGCACGAGCGCACGCACACGGGUGAGAAGCCUUACACCUGUGCCCUCUGUGGUGCCGCCUUCAGCCAGGGUUCCUCCCUCUUCAAGCACCAGCGCGUGCACACGGGUGAGAAGCCCUUCGCCUGCACACAGUGUGGCCGCGCCUUCAGCCACAGCUCUAACCUCACGCAGCACCAGCUGCUGCACACUGGGGAGCGGCCCUUCCGCUGCGGGGACUGUGGCAAGGCUUUCGCCAAGGGCGCAGUGUUGCUCAGCCACCGACGCAUCCACACGGGUGAGAAGCCCUUUGUGUGCGCACACUGUGGCCGUGCCUUCCGCGAGCGCCCGGCCCUCUUCCACCACCAGAGGAUCCACACGGGAGAGAAGCCCGUGCGGCGACCUCGGCGUGGGGCAGGCCUGUGCCCCCAGGCCAGGCCUUCUUCAGGGGCACCAUCAGAGGGCACGCUGGGCAGAGUAGCUGGGCCCACUCCCACCUCAGGCCCACCGGCAGUUUCGAACCCUGCUGAUGCCUGAGCUCACGGCUCCAGCCUCCCCCAGGCUGUGGGAAAAUGCCCUUGUUCCCUGCACAUUCUGGAGAAGCCCUGUGCGUGCCCUGUGGUGCCGUCUGCACAUGGUGAUGAUAUUUGCCAUUUCAGCACCAGCUCACUGCAACUCUAAGAGAUCUGACUACAGAAAGAUCAGGGGGAUGGACGUGGAGGCUGGGACUUUGGUGGGCAGAGACUGGGCAAUCAGAGUGCCGCUUCAUGCCUGUUAUGACUGUGAGCACUCAGGUGAGGAGGGGAAUGCUGGAAUGUUGGGGAGGCAGUCCUAGAAAUUUCUGACGCCCGCACACAUACUGGCCAACAGGCUGACCCUCAGGAUAUUCUCUCAAGACCUCAGUUCAUCAGAGGCUUCUGGGAGCAGGCCCAGUGGAUAGUAAGUCAGGUUGGGGUCUGGUGUUGGCCUUGGGCUCUGAGCCUCAGUUUCCACCUCUGGGGAAAAGAAAGGAAGAGAGAGGGAGAGAGAUUCAGGGUACAGAGGGUAUUUGCAGCACCUUGACAAGCAGGAUCUCGAUAAGGGCCAACAUGUGCCAACUGCCAGCCCUGUGAGAUGGCUACUAUGGCUGGUAUCCCCACUUCUCAGAUGAGGAAACUGAGGCAGAGAGUGGGAGUGUGCCGCUGCACAGAGCAGAGCCCAGGACUUAAAUCCAGGUCACAGGCCCAGCUCAUCUCUCUGCCCCCAUGCUCUGGCACUCGUGCUCUAGGCUGCCAGUGUGAAGGCUGGGCGAUGCCAGGCCUGGCUUCCUGCACAUGGCAGUCCCACAGGACGUGGAGGAAGUAGAGGCGGAAGUCUCUGGGGUGGGAGGAGGGAGACAAACAUCAGUGUGUUCAUUCAGGUUUCACCCAAGCCUCAGCCCUGGCCAUGCCCUGUUGUUACCAAAGUCACCAUUACAGGGGUGUUUAUAUCCCCACUGCCCUGGUGAGAGGCGACCACGAUAACGGGUUGGAGGAGACCAGAUGGGACUACUUGUUUCUGCAGGGUCAGUGGGCAAGUGCCCACCUGUGCUCUUCCCUCAGUUGGAAAGAGGAUUUGCUGUUACCUAAGGCCAUGUGUGUGUGAUGCCCUCCCAUCAUGGGACACCUCCACGUGGCUGGGACACGUGGUGGACUGGGGCCCAGGUUUCUCCCUGUGGCCCUCAGCAGAGCAGGCCCUGUCUUGACCUCAGGCCUCACCCCUAGGGAUGUUAGUGGUCUCUUUUCUUGCGAACAAAAAAGAAAAGACCAAAAAUUAUAAGUUGGAGUGGAUGUACAUUGUGUAAAUCCCUGCACAGCACUGUGGAAAUCCACAACCUCAGUCUCUCCUCC